ACAAAAGUGUGAUCAAGCUAUUUCUUUAUGUCGUCUGCUUCACAGAUGUUAACCCAAUGUCUCUAACGAGGGAAAGUGGAUAAGUGCUGGAUAUAGUUUUAAUAGAAAUAUGCUUUUUGAUAUUGAAUUAUAAAGCAAAAUCAUUUUGAUCGACUUUGGCAAAAUACAACAAAAUAUAAAUAUGAUGGAAUAUUUGAAAACUCACGAACAAGUGAUGCCUUUACCGCGGCAACCCGUUAGUCAGAAUUACCGUGUAGUUGUCAUGGGGACCGCUGGAGUGGGCAAAAGUUCAAUUAUUAAUCAAUUCAUUCACAAUAAGUUCACAGAAAACCACAUAGAAACGAUAGAGGAGCUACAUCGUCAUAGUAUGAAGUUUGAAACAAUGUCAGUUGAGAUUGAUAUACUAGAUACAUCCGGGUCUCACGAAUUUCCUGCCAUGCGCAAACUUGCAAUAGCAACGGGCGAUGCUUUCGUGCUCGUUUAUUCGGUCGCAAAUGAGGAAAGUUUUGAAAUUGUUAAAUCAUUAAGGAAUGAGAUAAAAGAACAUAAACAAAAUGGAAAAUAUUCCAUUGUGGUUGUUGCAAAUAAAACGGACCUUGGUGAUCAAACUGGGGAGCACGCCGUUAACGAGUCUGUAGUGUGCAUGGACUGGGAGGAGAAAUUUGUUACAACAUCAGCAAAGACUGGAGAGAAUAUUGAUUGCGUGUUUCAGCUGUUAGAAAAUCAAAUCAAAGAGCGAAUAAAACUAGAAGAAAAACGCCAUUCAUUCAUAAGAAGGAUUUCUAUGCCAGUGAUGAGAUUGGCAGCAAAAUCAGAGCGCCAGAAAACUCCAUUACUGAAAUCAAAAGCAAGAACGCACUCAGUUGAUUCGUGACACAGUUUUGCUAAUGAGAGGUUCAAUCAGAUUCAAAGUUAUGCAAAUUAAAUUUUCUCUCUAUUAGAGAGCUUCUCGACCUUAUAGCUUAACUACAUAUCUUCGAUCUGGUGCUUUACAUGUUUUAAUGUACAAUUACAAAGCCUUUAAUUUGAGGUGGUGAAGUGUAAUAAGGUAUGAAAUGGUGUGAAAGAUAUUUACAAAGGAAUGCAUGAUCUCCAUUUUCAUUUUAUAUUGGAUAACUUAUUGUGCAAACCUUACCCUCUACCAAGUUUCGAAAUUGUUGUCUUGUUGUUUUGUUUAUUUUUUAUUUAUUUUCUUUUUGGUUUUUUUGGGGAGGGGUUGGGGGUUAUAUUAUAAUUAUGUUGUAAAAAGGAAAAACCUUGAAAAUUCACUACACUGAACUUAAAUAUCAAAAAAUAAAUUUUGUAAAUAAAUAUGUAAUGAUAAUUGAUGUUUGUCAAGCUUCAUUUCCAUUGCAAUUUGAAAACUGUACAACUAAGGCGAGUUACAGAGUGAUUAAUCAUGGAAAAUGCAUAGAAUUCAAACAUCGAUAGCCAUGAUAUCAUUAAAAUAGUAAUAAUAUAUAUUAAUGAUAUGAUUAUAUGAUAAGAUUUGACAACCCAAAUUAACAUUAAGAAUUUAAUACUCGUAUAUAUAGAUAUACACGGGACUAUUGAUAAUCGUAACCAAUAAGCUAUGACAUUUAAAUAUCAUCCUAUAUUACUCCUUCAGUCUAUAAAACAACGGAUUUUCAUUUUACAAAUUUUUGUAUUAGAAUUGAAUGUUUCUGUUUAAAAUUAAUGUACGAAAUUGUGGUCCUAAUAGUGCUCUGUUACAACCAUUACAACUCUGUUACAAAUGAAUUACUCGUUUUUAUCGUAAACUGUGUAUAUGUUUAUGUGUUAUCUCAUAUUAUUCAGACUGCAUUAGAUACAUACUUUGGUUUUUUAUAGCUCUAAUGAUUGUCAUUAAACAAUUUUAUCAGUGUAUUAAUAUGAGCAAAUUUAGAUCCAAUGUACGAUAUUGUUUAAUUGACAUGUGUAUAUGUUGCAUUUGUUUUAUAAGAUAAACGAUUUGUACACUAAUUAUUGUUCUCCUUUGGCAAUUGUAUGGUUGCAAUUUAUUAAUUUUCACGAAUGCUUGAACGAAAAAGAAGAAUGAUUUAUGACCUUAAUGAAUAGUCUUAAAAUACUUAUUAAAAAAAACAGUUUUCUAAAAUAGGUAUAUAGUUGAAAGAAAUAAAAUGCACACGUUGUGUUAGCUAUUUUUGAUACUUUGAUGUAAACGGAUAAUGAAACAAUAAAAUUUGUGAAAUUA